GUCAGCUGUAAAACGGCAAACAAAAACACCGCCAAAGCAUGGCAAUAGUUUUCUUUGUACCUAUAAAAUAAAUUAAAUUUCUACAUUUUCUACAUCACAACAUUCUACAAGAUGUUUGCCAAGCCAUAUAAGUUGAAAUCUACUAAUACAUUGAAGAAUUCGGAGAAGAAGCAUUUGGCCCAGCGCAUUCAGGAUGAGUUUCCCGCGGCAACAGAGGCGAAAGUGAAGGAGCUAGUGCCUGUGAAGUCCAGCACGAACUGUCUGAAGUUAGUGCUGCAUUCAGGAGAGAUCGUGGCAGUGUAUGCAGUGGACAAUGUUCCGGUGAUGAUCGAGCUGGAGACGGGGCUGGUGCCAACAGUGUGUGCACUGUGGAAGGUGCCUGACCUCGUUCCCACUAUCACCAUACACACACCUGUGUUGGGGAAGAUACUAGGCGGCGCCCCGCUGUACCUGCCAGGCGUUGUGAUUCCGGCGCAGGGCGUGGGAUUCCCUAUGUUCGGCCGCGGCGCCAUCUUGGCCGCGUGUACGGUCGACAACAUGGCCGCCGGUGUCGUCGGCCGCGCUGCUAUUGGCAGUGCUGACAUGCUGUUGCGGGCUGCUGGUGUUUGCCUGGAGACUAUCCAUGUGUUUGGGGAUCAGCUCUGCAAGGAUAUCAAGUUCUGUAAGUUAGAGCGGCCGACACUGGGGCCCGUGUCGUAUGCGGCCGCUGAUGAUGCGGAGGGGCUGGCUGACAGUGUGAGUGAGUUACGCAUCCAGCCCCCUCCCGUGAAGGAGGAGUGGCCGUCCCUGGGACCGCGCCCCCGCCCCGCUGCGGCCCCCGCCCCCGCAGCGACCCCCGCCCCCGCCGCGGCCCCCACGCCCGCCCCGCCUCAGCCCCCGCCUGCACACGCGCCGCGCCUCAUCACCGAGGACUCCGCUCCUGCUGAUGACAAUGAUACGCUCAAUGAUAGUCUUAAUUCAGAGAGUCUAGAAGAGGAGGAGUCCAGUAUCCCCGAGGACAUGGACGGGCUGCUGCGCUGGUGCCUGCUGUGCUUCCUGCGGCUGCACGGCAAGAACAUGGAGCUGCCGCUGAAGACCAACCUGCUGUACAGGAACCACUUGUCCCCGCUGUGCGCUCCCGACAGGACGCUCGACGUGAAGAAGUCUUCCUACAAGAAGAUGAGCAAAUUUCUAGAUGCCAUGCAGAGGGAAGGCCUGCUAGAGGUGAAAGAGAUAGAGAAGGGCGUGGACGCCGUCACGCGCGUGAACCUGCAGCACCCCGCCGUGCGGGCCACGCGCGUGCCCGCGGGGCUGCGGGCGGCGGCGGGGGCGGGGGCGGGGCGCGAGGCCCAGCCCGCGGGGUACGCGCCGCCCGCCGUCAGGGAGAUGCUCUGUGUCACCGCCGCCGUCAGCGAGCUCUUCCAUCCGGUCAAGAAGGGCACGGCGCUGACCCCGGGCGAGGUGCGCACCGUGCUCACCGAGCACGUGAAGGCCCGCCAGCUCACCGCGCAACAGAAGGGCGCCGUCACGCUCGACGCCACCCUCGCUAAGAUCGUCAACAAGCAGGAACAGGAGGUAAUGAAGUGGGAUGCGCUGAUAUCAGGCGUCCAGUCCCGUAUGACCCCCGCCACGGAGAUGCGGUUCCAAGACGGAGAGGUCAAGCUGAGCAAGUCGCGCCUCGAGCCCAUCACCAUGCAGGUUGCCAUGCGCAGCGGGAACAAGAAGGUGACGCUAGUAUCGAACCUGGAGGCGUAUGGGUUCAGCCUGCCCGCGCUGAGCACCGCGUGCCAGCACGGCGUGGGCGCGGCCUGCGGCGUCACGCGCUCGCCCGGGGCGAAGGCCGACCAGCUCAUGCUGCAGGGAGACCAGACUCACUUUGUGGCCAAGCUACUUAUAGAGAAGUAUGGCCUGCCCAAGAAGUAUGUUGACGGUGCCGACAAGGCUCUGAACAAGAAGAAAUAGUGUGUAGCACCAUAGUGUAUAUCAAUGUACAUAAACUGUGCUAUAAGAUGUCCUACCCUGUGACCAUUGUUAAUCAGAACUCAUGUGUUAAGUGAUAAUUAAAACUUGUUGAGAUUGA